AUGGCGCUGCAAUCGUCGGAGUCCGAGGUCAUACAUUCCAAAGAGCAUUUUGCGCCUUACGAGGGCACUGUCAUCAGUCCCUUGAUCGUAGCAAACACACACAGCGUCAUGCCUAACAUGCCAUGGAGGACUAAGAAGCAGCCGAAGCGACAAGAUGCAGCUGCGCCGUCUGUGAAGAGGAAGCAAGUCAGCAUACGGACCAUUCUGCCGGCUUUGCUGGCGCUGUUUGGACCUGUCGUCUCGCCGCCGAAGUGA